GUAUGUGUAUAUAAUUGAUUCAAGUUCAGUGGACGGACACAUUGGUUUUAUUCGGACCCAACAAGGACAAUGCUUCUGUUUGUUUUGAUUUUGGCUGUUUGCGGUUUGUCUGGUACAGACGCCUACUGUCCAAGAGGUGAACAGAUAGGGAGGGAGAUAGCCGAAUGUUUUCAGAUUGUAAACAGGAUACGCGGCCCCAAUGAGCCAUUUUGCAGUAAAGUCUGGAGAUCGGUGGACUGUGUUGAUCAGCUCGUAAAUCAGUGUCAUCACCUCCCAGACUGGCAGGCUGUAAUCAACAGCGGGGCAUUGGAUACUGCCAGCCAACAGAUGCAACAAACAUGUGGACAGAGACCUACCAAUGGCGGGCAGGGCAACUCAAACAACGUUGACACCGUAGACCAAACAUGCACGACCAACCUGAUGAAUGAAAUGGUAAAAUGCAGCGCAGGUUUCAAGGCUUUUGGCGAGGCGCCUGCAAAUGAACGUCGAAGCAAAUGCGGAGAGGUUCGCGAGUCGGUCAGCUGCAUUGAAAGCCUGGCAGUCCGGUGUCCACAGAGCUCUCUUGUCCAGAAGUGCGUUAUCGUCCACGCAGAGCCUUGUUGGCAACCUGGAAGCUUUCUGUGGUCCACAGUGACAUUGAGGGACAGGCGUAAUACAACAUGCCUUAUGGUUUUCGAUGCAAUUUCAACCACCUUCUCCCCCCCCCCCCCCCCCCCCCCCCCCCCUCCCAAAAAAAGAAGCAAAUGAACCCACCUCCGACGAUGAGAUUCAUACAGACGCAUAUAUGGAUAUGAAUAAAAUCUUCCACUGGUGUAGUAAUUCUGCUGUAAAAUCUACGAUGAAAAAAAACAGUUAAACUUUGGCUUUGUGAUUAAAAAGAAGAUGUAUCUUCAA